CACAAUGUUCACAUUGUAACUUGUACGUUCUGCAAUAAUAUCUUAUGUGACUUUGAGUUUUGUGUUUGUUUAAGUGUCAGAUAUCUUCCGAGCAUCUGUUUAACCAUUAAGAAGUAGUGAACGACAAUGGCGUCGGCAGAUAUGACAGCCGCGCAGAUGGAAGACCUCCCGGACAGGAUCGCCGGCACCUUCAGCAACAGAACUGUCUUCAUCACCGGCGGCACCGGCUUCAUGGGCAAGGUUCUGGUGGAGAAACUCCUCAGGAAAUGCGGUGACAUUCGGAAGAUAAUUCUGUUCGUGAGGUCUAAGAAAGGCAAGACUCCCAAGCAGAGACUGGAGGAGCUUCUCAACGAUGCAUUAUUCGAGAAGGUGCGCACCUUGCGUGGUGGAGUUGAGCCGCUCUUGGCAAAGCUGGCCAUCGUAUCAGGUGACGUCAGCGAGCCGGACCUGGGGCUGAGUGAUGCUGACAGACAGAUGCUGGUGGAUGAGGUGGAUAUCAUCGUGCACGCUGCAGCCACCGUGCGAUUCGACGAGGAGAUGAAGAAGGCGGUAUUGCUGAACGUUCGCGGGACCAAACUUGUCUUGGAACUGGCACGGCAAUGUAAACAUCUGAAGCUUCACAUCCACAUCUCGACGGCCUACUGCCAUCUCCACGAGAAGCUCCUGGAGGAGCGCGCCUACCCUCCACCCGCAGACCCGCACCGCAUCAUCGACGCCAUGGAGUGGAUGGACGACGACACUAUUGCCGCGAUCACCCCCAAGUUGCUCAGUAAGCUGCCCAACUCGUACGCGUUCACCAAGGCCCUGGGCGAGGCGCUGGCGGUGGAAGCCAUGCAGGACAUUCCUGUCAUCAUCCUGCGACCCUCCAUCGUGAUACCAAUAUGGCAGGAGCCAGUUCCGGGAUGGACUGACAACAUCAACGGACCCACCGGCCUGCUUAUUGGAGCUGGUAAGGGUGUGAUCCGGACGAUGUACUGCAAGGGCAACAGCUACGCCGACUAUCUGCCCGUUGACAUCUUUAUCAACGGAAUCAUGAUUACCGCGUGGAACUACUUGGAGUGUGGAGACACGAAGUCUAACGUCAUCAACUUCACGUCGUCGGCGGAGAUCAAGGUGACGUGGAUAGAGAUGAUUGACGCCGGCCGGGAGAUCAUCAUGAACAGAGUGCCGCUCAACGGAGUUGUCUGGUACCCUGGCGGCUCCAUGAAGCAUUCCCGCCUCUACCACAACAUCUGCGCAUUCUUCUUCCACUGGCUGCCAGCGUUGUUCGUUGAUACGCUGCUCUUCUGUUUGGGAUAUAAACCUGUGUUGAUGCGGGUCCAUCGUCGCAUCAGCAAGGGGUUCGACGUGUUCGAGUACUACACCAACAACCAGUGGGACUUCAAGUCGGACAUCGCGCAGACCGUGAGACAGAAACUCAACGAGAGAGAGAGACGGGACUACAAAUGCGACGCUGUCGGUCUGGACAUCUCCAAGUACUUCGAGGACUGCAUCCGAGCGGCGCGAGUGUUCAUCCUGAAGGAGUACGAGGACACGCUUCCAGCUGCCAGGAGACAUAUGAACAUUAUGUGGUUCGUGGAUCUGGUCACCCGGUGUCUGUUCUGGGGGCUGCUGCUGUACUGGCUGAGUGGCUGGGCCACUUCCACCUUCUCAUCUAGUAGCCAUGAAGUUACACCAGCCAUUAUGGUGGAAUAACCACAUCUGACGGUUGAUUUGUCCUCGAUUUGGAUUUUCCAUCUUCCCGAAUCAGAUAGUAAAUAUUUGAAUGGUACUAUACAGAUUUUGAAUGUAGGAUCCAAAUAUUAAGACUUAGUAGUAAGUUGUAUAAUAAUAAUGUAACUUACGGUUAAAAGCUGUAGAUAACUCUUUAGACAUGACUGACUUUCUAAUUCUUAUUAUUAUUUUGUGCCCUACCCCCUGACUAGUAACUUGACGAUACAACUCUGUCUAAAUAUUAUAUAGACAGUACAUAUAUAUUUAUGAACGUGGAUCGUGAGAUGUAUACAGACUGGUAGAACGUAACAUUAAAUGUAUCAUUCUAACUUUCAUUGCAAGUUCGCUGCAAGCGUGGACGCUUAACUACGCAUUUACUACGAACCUCUCGCGUACUGUAUCUGUUUCCGCCAUUUAAGGCGACACUAAAUGCCAGCGACCUUGAGCGAUAUGAGUUCACGGCUGCCGGCCCGCCAUCUAUGUAACAAAGCCAAUAUUUUCAAAAUUCUUGCGUGGAAAACAGUUUAUAUGCUUACAAUCCCCGUUAUUCACUACUAAUCUGAAUAAAUGAACCUACACAAACAAGUACAAGCUAUAAGAGUAACUUUUCUGAGAGAAGUACCAAAAAAAUGCGUCACGCCAUGCAAAAAACUUGUUUAACUUCAAAGAAAAGUGGUAGUUCAAAAAGGCUUGGCAGUGUUAACUAUAACCAACAACAAGCAUAAGCAACCUACAAAUAAGACUUAAGGAUAUGUGUAACAGGAUUAAGUAGUGUUCAUAGCUCCAAAUGCUAUACUUUCACCACAAAACUUGUCUAAAAACACCAUGUUUGCGUGUUUUCUGCUUACUCUUCGCCUUAACCGUGAACGUGCCGCUUUGUGUUCGUUUGAAAAACCGACAAAUCACGGGUCGCUCCGUACGCGGCUUCUAAUGCUCGUAGCGUGCGUGUGAAAUGUACAUAUCGCACACACAAGACGUUCAAACUUUGAGAAAUUCUUACAAAGUGUAACCUUUUAUGAUACUUUGCAGCAAUUUGUACGGCAAAUUCUUUCAUUGCAUGAUACAUCUCAUGUUACAUUUCACAAGUCUGUACGCACCAUAAGACUUACAGUGCAAAUAUCCGAUGUCCGCGUAAGUCCGAAACUACGAGUGACUUUUUAAAUCUGACUAACUGCGUGUAGUGAACAUAACUCAUGGAUGACAAUUAUUAGGGAUUUUAACUACCAGCGAUUGUGUUUCACAAUCAUCGGAGACCUAUUCUUAAUCAUAGAUAUAUUUUAAAGUAUUAAACAUUUAUUCCUCCUUUUGUCAUUGUCAUUAUAUAUGUUAUUGGUUAUUCAUGUGUCAAUAAGGUUAUUUGUAAUACCCGCCUAAAUUAUCUCUGGGCCUGAAUUCGAUGACGUCAUCGUCGCUUUGUUACGGUGUCCAAAACAAGCAACACUAGGAUAUUAUUAUUAAUAAAAAAAGACGUGUGGCACUCGGGGACUGCCGCGGUAAAGCUAUUGCAUAGCAUUUUUUAUCAACUUAUGCAAUUAUAAUUAUUUAUUUAUUUUAUUUAUCCAGUAUUUUUUUUGAUAAAAUUAAUUAAAAAAAAGCAAACGGGAAGUGAGAAAAAUUUUACUUGCAAUAUUUGAUUACAGACAGACAGAGGGACAGGUGAAACUAAAUAAAAAAUGCUUGUCAUAAUGAUAAAAAUUAAAAAAACGUGAUAAAAAAAAAAUAAAGAAAUUAAAAAAAAUCAAGACGUACCCCAGGCUCGAAUUCUGCACAAAAAGCAUACGUGUAACCACUGUUCCACGGCAACUGUAAUGACCGUAGCGAAAUAUCUGUAUAGAUCUAGUAAGUAAGUGUUAGGUUAUUUUCGUUACGGAAUUUCUGGAUUCGGUCUCCACGCUCAAGGCCCGCGAUAGAAGCUAUGCAAUAGCUUAAUAAACAAAGAUUUAUUUUAUGUGUAUUAAAGAGCGAUGUAAGGGUAUUGUGUUGUGGUGCUGAUCAUUAUUAUAAUAAUGAUGAAAAAUCAAUGAAAGAAUCUGGGUUAAAUAAAAAAGGUAUUUAUUUUUCUGUCAGACCAUUGUACACUUUGCGACACAGAACAACAGAAACUUUUUUUUUAAGAAAAUAAGGGAUCAGACGAGCAGGACGUUCAGCUGAUUGUAAUUGAUAUGCCCUAUCCAUUACAAUGCAGUACCGCUCAGGAUUCUUGAAGAACCCAAUAAUUCUGAGCGGCACUGCAAUUGCGCUCGUCACCUUGAGACAUAAGAUGUUAAGUCGCAUUUGCCCAGUAAUUUCACUAGCUACGGCGCCCUUCAGACCGAAACACAGUAAUGUUUACACAUUACUGCUUCACGGCUUCAUACUGGUAAACUACAGAAUUAUUAACAACAAAAGUCUAAACGUAACAAUAAAAACUUCAAAAACAAAGCAGUGAUAACAUGAAAAUAUCACGACAUGUACCUAACGGUAAUGAAACUGCAAACCGUACUGAUGCAACAAUAAGAACGCGUGAGGUGAAAGGGGAUCGGAGCUUCAGAGCCAGAGAUGAUGUGGCCGUUUAGUAGGACUUUAUAAUGUUAUUAAAAUUCGGAUAAGUUUAAUGUAAAUACGUUAGUUACCUUGACAAUAUUUUAAAGUGUCAAAACGGUUUUUCUCUACUAGAAAAAAAAACGUUUUAGGUACAUAUUAUAUGUAAGUAUAAAACAGGAUUUAUGAAUACUUAAGAAAACGUGUUUUCCUAGAGACCACAGUGUACCUACUUAGAAUAUUUUAAGUAAAUGCAAAACAUAACAGCAAACUCCAAAUAUGCUUAGAUACAAAAAUAUCCCAUCAGACAAUAUUAUGGUGAAAGUAGAGAAGAUAUUAUUAGUAAUAUUUUAUAGCUUUUGUAUAUUUUUGUAAUAAACUAUUUUCUAUAUA